AUGGAGAGAUUUAUCAACACCCAACUUCACCCGGUCGAUGCGUGCAGCAUCUGCACUGAACCCUUCAGCACGACUCACCAACCCGUUGCGCUUCCAUGCCAACAUAUAUUCGGCCACAACUGCAUCAAGAAGUGGCUCACCGGCGGUCGAGGCAACACAAAUGCUUGUCCAACAUGUCGCCAUAUCUUAGUCCCCAAGCCCAACCUCCGCGGCUCCUUCAACGUAAACUCCAUCUGGCAAGAACUCUGCCACCAAACCAACGAGCGCCUCCAAGUCUUCAUGCAGAGACUCUGGUCCGGCCUCCAAACCCUGUGGAAAAGCCACCCCAAAGGCUCCUUCUCCGUAACCUCCAUCCUCAACCAAGCCAUCAUCCCCGCCCUCACACACACCAUCCGCACCACACGCCCCUCCCCAGGCCCAACCCCAGACCCCAUCCUCGACUGCUACAACCUCACCUCCGCAUCUUGGGACUCCCUAGGAAGACCCGACAUCGCCACCGGCCUCGCCAUCCCCCUCGUGCGCCUCGCCCGGCUCACCGCCAACGCAGGCGCCGUCCUCCCCAAAUACCUAACCACAAGCUCGCGUACAAACCGCCUUAUCUGGCGCGCAAACGCCUGUCUCCCCCUCACUUGCGACCACAUCUCCUGGGACUUCAUCAUGCAAGCCGCCGCCCCCGCGUCAGUGCGCUACUUUGACCUGCUGCACCUCUACACCGUGCUGAUCAGCCAGGGCAUUGCGCAUUUCCCUGCCCCGCACCCGUUUCCAACAAAAAGACACGAGGUUGUGAAUUUAGUGGUCGAGCGGUGCUGUAGUAAGAUUGGGGGUGGGGGAUGUGCGUGGAAGGGGCGGCCGAGUGGGGAGUUCAAGGAUGUGCUGGUGGGUGUUUAUGAGGAGUUGAGGAGAUGGCAGGGGGAGAAGGGGAGGAUGAGUUUGAGGGGGAGUUAUGAGGAGGAGGGGGUUGUGAGGGGGGUUUGGGCGCUUGCUGGGUGGAAUAAGGAGAGGGCGAGAUCGUGA